GGUCAGUUAAAUUAAUUUUGUAGAUCAAAUUUUAUCUAGACCAAUUUUUAGUAUAUAUCACCGAAUAAAUGCUAAUGGGUAAAAAUAACUUUCAACGCUUUCAUCUUUUUUCGAUUGUUAGCCUGCAAUGACGUGUUUUCUUGAGCCUUAGCUAGAGUUAGUCAGCAAAAAAACUUGACUAGACUGAAGAAUACUUUUCACAUAGCUUUGAUACUAAUUGAAUAUUAAACAUUGUUAAAUUUGUUCAGUUAUGAACAACUUUAAUAUCUGCAUAAUUAGCGUUUUUGGUUAACCACAUAUUCCAAAUCAAGUUUCCAAUGACUUCCCUAUUAUGUCAUCGAGAUAUUUACACGUUAAUGGAUGACGAGGCUAAUUUUAAAUAUUAACCAUCAUGAACUUGUGUUCUGAUGCCAAAACCAUUUUCCCGCCAUUUUUGUAGCAAACGUUUUUCUUGCACGGCUAGGUCAUAUGUUGUACCUUGAUAAGUAGACUACCAGUAUCCUCGUUUGUUUUUUAAGUUUAAAAUUAUUUGACAUGUUCAAAGUGAGAUGUUUUACUUUUUAUCACAUUUGGCAAUAAUUCCCUCGUUAAGAGUUGUCAUUUGUCUGGUAUGCAAGCUAAAACUUAGUAAUUAUACUUUUUUAAUUGAUGUUGUUUUAUCAUCUCGAAGAUAAACACGCACAUCCUGAAACUCGGUGGUUCCAGGGUUUUUUUUCCCGCCCUCAGACUCGUCAGCUGGUCUGUUUGUUUUUUUUGUUUGUUUUUAUGGGAAUGGUAGUUCUUCAUAUAUAGUGUUUAAAAAUUAUGAUUCUUCACAAGUAAUGGAAAUAAAUAAAAUCUCUUAUGCUGUUCUUCCAAUUAAAUAAACAGAAGUUGCUUCUUUGACGCAACACCACAUAAUUUAUUUCAACUAGUUCCAUUUGAACAAUGCUGUAUUUUAUAUAUAUGUAUUGCAAUGUGGAUGAGAAAUAGUUUAUGAAGUUUUUAAACUCGACGUUUUUUUUACUGCCUCAUGCUGUCAGCAGUGCCAGUCUUUAUAUUAUCCACCUGGAUAAAGCCUCAUUUACCAUUUUUGUUUUAACAUUUUUUUUUUCUUUUAUCGUUUUUUAUCGUACACCUCCAUCUUUAAUAUCGUGUUGACGUUGUUGCCUGGGAUACGCUGUUGUUGUUGUGAUGAAGACUGUCGCUACCCGGCUUCUGUUUUGCGCUUCUCGAAUUUUGGGCCUAUGCUUAGGUUCUGUGGUGAAAAAUGGAGAAACGUUUCUUAUUGUGGAACUAUCGUUUGUCAUGAUUUAAAAGUCAACUAAAAAAAAUCUAUUUCUGCGUUGCCUGCUUUCCCUGCUUUUAAAAAAUAUUAGGAAGUCAGGAAAGUUACCAUUGUCCUCAACUUCGAAGUCGGUAUGUUAAGGAGACCUUCUAGAAAAGUAAACUUUUAACGCGAGAUUCUUACAGACGAUUGUUUAAUAACCAAAUUGCACCAAUUACCGGAUCAUAUUUUAAUAAUAAAAAAUAUAAUAACAUUUGGAAAUGAGGCAUCAAGUGGGGUACAUAGGGUUGUUGUUUUACGGGAGGGAGAAAGGGGCGCAAAGCAGUGGCGAAGCAAUGAAAAAACAUUAAGUCUGACACUCACAAACUCUGAGUUGACAAUUAAACAAAACGUUUACAUUAAUUGCAGAUAGAAGUGUUUGAUAGGAUUCCUUUUAAUAGGAUUAUUCUGCUCCUGCUGGUUAGAAAGGCUCCUUUUUAUAGCUUUAGAAAUUGCUGCGUUAAGUGGUAUGUUAUUUGUGACUCGCAUAAUUAUCUUUAUCCUGAAAAUAAAAUAGUUUAAUUUCCUAAUACGCAUUAGUCACGCUCAAAUAAGGACAGGUAAUUUCGAUCUCGUUAAUGUCUAUAUCUUUGUUUUGUUGUAUUCGCCACGAGGUUACUGUAUUUAACUUAAACACUUUGAGUUUAUUUCGGGAAGUAAAAGAAAUUGAUGAUCUUGAAGUGGACGCACCAUUUUUUAUAUUAAAAAAAAACACGCAAAAUUUUUUCAUCAAUAAUUUAUCUAAAGAAACGGAAGGUUAUCAUAUUUGUUAGCUAUGUAUAUACAAGAUUAAAUGAAAUUAAUUUCAACCUGAGAUGCGAAAAAAGAAGCUGUUUUCUUUAUUGUACACUUCAUUGAAAGAGUGGAAUAAUGAAAAGAAAGUUCUCAUUGAAAACGAAUUUUCUUUUCUCUUUCUUCGUUUUGUUUUUGUGUAUUCAAUCGAUUCAACAACACGGUCAUAUUAUUGACUUUAUUGUUGCGUUGAAAUCUCAUAAGUAAAUGAUCAGGUCGCGAGAUAGGAAGUAAUGUUUUUGAACAUCUACGAAGGUUUAGUGACGUUCACAUUAUGUUUCAAUGUCGCUUAUUGUUUAACUGUUAUUGACAAUAAUGGCUGCGUGACAUUGCAAAAGGUCGUACACACUAAAGGCGCUGAUUUUAACAUUGUUGGUUUAUACCCCAUCCAUGGUCACACGAGCACCAACGCUUUUAGAUACAAUCAUAAUGGUCUGAUCUGGAGCGAGGCAACCAAGUAUUACAUCGAUGAGAUUAACAGAAGCGAUAAACUGUUAAAGGGUGUUAAACUUGGCUAUGUUAUUUACGACACGUGCAGUGAGUUGUAUCUAGCUCUUCCCAGCAUCCUUGAAAUUUCACUGGAUGAGGAUAUGAUUACCGGAAAUAAGAAAACAUUAUCAGCCAGGAGAGAAUGUUUGUGUUAUAAUAAUUCCGUUACUUCGUACAUCGGCGUGGUGGGCGAUGCCGCGUCAUCGAUGUCCAAGAAAGUAUCCGCUCUCCUCAGUGUCAGCAACAUGCCACAGAUCAGCUAUUCUUCUACCAGUAUUGAACUGAGUAAUAAAGAAACGUACCCGUCAUUUCUCCGAACGAUACCGUCCGACGAUUUUCAGGUGAAGCUCAUUGUAGCUGUCGUGCGCCAUUUUAAUUGGUCGUACGUCUCUGUUGUUGCUAGUGACGACGCGUACGGUAGAAUUGGUGUUCAGCAAUUAGUUCCGGCGUUGAAGAGAAUAAAGGGUAUGUGUUUGGCGGCGGAGGAGAUUUUCAACACCGACAUUGAAGAUCGUACUGAGAUUGACGACAUAGUGCAGAGAAUAAAAGAAAUCGAAUUGAGUACUGUCAUCAUCCUUUGGGCUCAACAGCAGCAUGCGAAAGCUUUUCUCGAACAGGCUUCUAUACAUAAACUUUAUGGGCGGAUAUGGAUUGGAACGGAAAGCUGGGGACAUCACGCUUCCAUGUUAGAGUUCGACCCAAAUAUUAUAAACGGUUUGUUAGCCGUGGCUCCGUAUAGUGGAACCUUCACUGCUUACAAAAAACAUUUUAGUGAGAUUACUCGCGCAUCCUAUAACGACUCGCCGUGGAUUAAACACUACUUCGAGUUACGCGAGGAACAAGAAAAUGGAACAGUUACAAAAAACUUCGGUCAAAUCAUCGACGAGUUCUCAUUCAGCAAAAUCGGGUUCGUCGGGGACGCCGUUUAUGCGUUUGCCUACAGUUUACAAAACUACAUCACAGCGAGAAAUCUAUCCAUAGAAGACUUUAAGAGCACCAUGUUGUAUUCGGAAUAUCUUGAGUUUGUGCGCAAUGUUAGUUUUGAUGGUUUCCUUGGCAACCAGGUUACUUUUAACAAGAACGGCGACGUCAACGAUGCGACCUAUCAUUUGUUGAAGGUUCAACCAAAUGAAGGUACAGGCAAGUUAGCGUUUCAUUGGUAUGGAUAUUGGAACGAUACGAGUUUCGUAGAGAAGCCUCGUAACUGGGUGUGGUUUAGCAAUUCAACUAUUCCGCCUGUUUCCAAAUGUAGUGAUAUUUGUACGGAAGGACUGUACGAUACUGAGCUCGGUUCGAAGUGUUGUUGGAAAUGUAUACCAUGUCCGGACGGCUUCUACAAGGAUUCUAUUGGUAAUGACAAAAACUGUACGCGAUGUCCGUUUAUGACAAUAUCAUCGAAGAACCGUUCGAGUUGCAUUGUACUCUCGAAAGUUUUUUUUCGGAGAGGCGAACUGCUGGUGACUUUGUUAUUCUUUUUCUCUGUCGUUGGUGCCAUGGUAACGUUUUGCAUGAUCGUACUGUUUAUCCGGCAUCGUAAAACUCCUGUUGUGAAAUCGUCAAAUUUUAAGAUGUCUGUAUUACAACUGACGUGCCAAAUAUUGCUAUUUCUCACACCGAUCUUAUACGUUGGCGAACCGACAGACGCUAUUUGUGUAUAUCGACCGGCUUUACCGGCGCUGUUUUUGACGUCUAUUGUGACGAUUACUUUAAUCAAGACGGAGUAUUUAUUGCGUAUAUUUCGACGCACAACGUUGUUAACGUCAAAAAUCAUCGCGUUGUCGAAAACCAUUGAGAUGGCGUCACUGUGUUUUGUGCUCUUACUUCAAGUAACUUUAAUCGUCGUGUUAAAUAUAUACCAACCAAGCGAAUUUGUACGACUGGUAUCGAAAGAGAAGGCUGAAGUUGUACUGACUUGUAACAUAUCUUUUCAUUUCUCUGGCGAGAUCAUAUUCGUGUUGAUAUUGUCAGUGGCUUGCCUGGUGCAAGCGUUUCGCGCGAAAUCUUUGCCGGCGAAUUAUAACGAAGCGAAACGUAUUACGUACGCCAUGUUGUGCUUGAGUUUAUGUUUGUUGUUGAGUAUGUUGUUUUUUGUGAGCAUAUCGGACGUCGAAGGGAAAUACUUUGCGACUUGUUUACUGAUUAACAUUGGCAAUUUCGCGCUCAUAUUUUGGAUGUAUGCUUAUAAAGUUGUUAUUAUUUUAUUUUUUAAAAACGAAAAUACACGAUCCAAGUUUAAUACAGACCGAAUGAGUUUUGUGCAAAGCGAAAUCUUAAAACGCUCGUCGCGAGUUCACCCCGAGCCUUUAUCCAUUCACCGCAAUUCAGCCGGUAAAUCUUCGGUAUGUAAAAACGAAACGAUAUCUGGAGCGAGCACCAAAAGAACUUUUUCUGGUCAUGAUAAGCUGCUACCGGAUCGUCAACGAAAAUCGACGGUAACAUUUAAGAUACCUGUUUUAACCGCAGUGGAUUGACAUAAACUUUCAGGAGACGUACAUUCUAUUAUUUUUAUACAUUCUAUUAUUUUUAUCUGUUGUCUCUUGAUAAGCCGAAGUUGUUUACGAAAUGAAAAUAAAGGAAAACAAUCUUAGCAAAAUGUAAGAGAUUGAGCUCCAACUUAACUUUUUCAGUCUGCAAAGUUUCCCCUUUUCAACUGGAAACAAAGAAAUUUUGUCCCUAGCAUGUGCAAUUUUUAUUAUUUGAACGCUUUGCUCUGGAUUUCAGUCCAUUUGCAUAAAGUUAACUUCGUAAAAAGUUCCAGUUACUGGGUACAUUUUUACUCUGUGUAUCUCACACGUUUUAAGCUUCACUUUAGCAACUCCACCUUUCGAGACAUUACCUAUCGAGACACAACUUAUCGAGACUCAACAACUAUGUUAUAGAAUACUUAAAUGACCUAAAUGUAAAUAUAUACCCGAGAAUUUAAUAUAACUUUUAUAUAUGAAUCUGAUAACUGUUCAAAAGAUGUGGCAAAAUGAAAAAUGUGACAAGCGUAAAAAUUUAUUUCUCAGCGGCUUACUGAAAUCCCAAAGUUUUCAGGUGUUUGUGUUCACAGUUAGUUGUAUGGUAUAAAGUAGUCCUCCAUGUUUUAAAGGACACUUUGUGCAAUAUUACUGCUAGCAAAAAAAGUGUUUCUGCCAAAUGUUUGUUAUAAACAUCGCAAAAAUUGUUUAAAAAGCCUUCCCGUAUGAUCAGGCCUUUUUAGGUUGUUAAAUAACUUAGGUAGUUAUUUAUUAGCGCACGCGCUAAUAAAUAACUUAUGAGCAUUUGAGGAACGAGAAUUUAAAGACUGGUGAACAAAUCUUUAUGGAUAGUUGUGAGAUUAUUUACUUCGGACACUGUUUACCAGCACAAAUUAUUCUGGAUAUCAAAAAGUUAACAAGCUGAAUAAACAUAAAGGCAUGCAUUUUGUACAGAAUAUAAUUCAACUAUGGAAAAGUUUAGUUAUUUUCCUCCAUUUUUUAUUUUCAGUAUUGACCUUUAUUUAAUUUUUUAGCCAUUUUUCUAAAAAUAAUGUAUAGUCGUUGAUUUUCCUUCUUAUAUAGAAGCCAUGGCCAGUUGAAUCUUCCAUUUGCAACGACAAUUUCUAUUAACGUUUCUUUAUGCAAAUUCUAAAAAAUUCUCCAAAAAAAUUCAUCCAUUCUAUUAGUUCGCUUUUUUCAACAAACUCAGCAGAUCGGUAAAAAUGUUAGGUUUUUUCACGAAAACGUGGUCGAAGCGCGUGCUGUGAAUUUACAUUUUUAUGAUCAUAAAAUUAUGAUUAAUUUAUAAAAUUGAAAUAAAGUUAUUUGAUUGGCCUAAGUUCGAUGGCCCUGUGGGACGAAGGGAAUGUCUAGAAAACGUAAAGUCAGGCAGUUGAUGGCGGAUGACCUACCUAUGUGAUAAAAUUUAGUUUUUUUAAUUGUUGCUAUGGUUUGAAAAAACUUGAACUUGAUUAAAAUAUAUAAAAAAUAAAUAUUGACUUCUUUACCUGCACAAAAAAGUCGAGUUUGCUGUGCUGUUUGUUAGUUAUAAUUCAGUUAAACAAAUUCAAAAUGUUAAGUUCCUAGAGUAAGUUAUUACCGAUUUUAAGUUUAAAAAGGGCGUUUUAAGGAAUGGUGUUGCGAGGCGUAUAAGCUGGAAGGUAAAAAAGCAUUAGAAACAGCACCAGAAGUCAAUUUAAUUAACAACGCAUUUACAAUUUGUUUCAUUGUGCUGCUAUUUUAUAUGAUCAAUGGCAGGAUAUAUUGAAUUUUGGUUUUCAAUGUAGCGCACGUGUUUGUUUAUAGUACCAACACCCAGUUCGAUCUUGGUCACUAACAUUCAGAAGCAGUAAGGUGGAGAGUCUCUGGAAGCCAAACAGGUCGAAAUAUUUAAUCACAUUUGCGCAAACAACGAAAGGCUGGCACGAGUAUCACGCUUUGGUGUAUUUAAAUUUAAAUAGGAUAUUAUAUUUUAGCGGUUGUUUUCUUCCUCAAAAUUUUGAAAGUUGUGUAAAAAAUUAUAUAAAUUGAACUCUGACAACUGCUACAACACUGCUAAAUGUUGGAAAUAAAUAUUCCGUUCAUUCUGGCGUUGCUCGAUUAACGUCAGCCAUAUUUUGGGCUGUGGGUAUAGCCUGUGAAACUAAAGCGACACAAUUUCCUAAGUUGUAAUCAAGUUACCUUUAAUGUACACCCCUUAUUGGUUAAAACAGUUGGCAAAAAGGUCGGUAAAAAUGUGUCACAACAUUUAAUAGAAUCAUAGUAUUUUGCCGACUAAUUUUUGUUCAGUGUAUAUAUUAUAAAAUAUAUGCGUAGUAAUUUAACAUCACAACUACUGUUUAUAACUAGGGAAGUUUUGAACUUUCCUUAAUACCAGAGGUUGCUAAGAAAUUGUAAUGAGUGGUAAAAUUUUC